GGGCAGAGCGGGGAGGCGGCAGACGGAUUUGCGGCAGGCCUGCUUCAGCCGCCUCUCCGGCCUGGUCUCCGUCGGCGUCUGACUGUUUGCUCAGUCGGGCGCCAUGGGGAAGCGGGACAAUCGGGUGGCCUAUAUGAACCCAAUAGCAAUGGCCAGAUCAAGGGGUCCAAUCCAGUCUUCAGGGCCAACGAUCCAGGAUUAUUUGAAUCGACCAAGGCCUACCUGGGAAGAAGUGAAAGAGCAACUAGAGAAGAAAAAGAAAGGUUCCAAGGCUUUGGCUGAAUUUGAAGAAAAAAUGAAUGAGAACUGGAAGAAAGAGCUAGAAAAACACAGGGAGAAAUUGUUAAGCGGAAGUGAGAGCUCAUCCAAAAAAAGACAGAGAAAGAAAAAAGAGAAGAAGAAAUCUGGUAGGUAUUCAUCUUCAUCAAGCUCUGAUUCUUCCAGCAGUUCGGAAGAUUCUGAAGAUGAGGAUAAGAAACAAGGAAAACGGAGAAAGAAAAAGAAGAACCGUUCACAUAAAUCUUCUGAAAGCUCCAUGUCGGAAACUGAGUCAGACAGUAAGGACAGUUUAAAAAAGAAAAAGAAGUCAAAGGAUGCAACUGAGAAAGAAAAGGACAUUAAAGGGCUCAGCAAAAAAAGAAAGAUGUAUCCUGAAGAUAAACCUGUAUCAUCUGAGUCCUUAUCAGAAUCAGAUUAUAUUGAGGAGAUACGAGCAAAAAAGAAGAAAAGCAGUGAAGAACGAGAAAAAGCAACAGAAAAAACAAAAAAGAAAAAGAAACAUAAGAAACACAGUAAGAAGAAGAAAAAGAAGGCUGCUAGUUCAAGUCCUGAUUCACCGUAACAUUAAGAAAAAAAUCAGGAUUCCCUUAUAAAAGAAAGUGCAAUGUCUAAGGAAAUUUCAACUGUGAAAAUUACGACAUAUUUACUAAAAUGCAUGAAUUUUCUUGUUUUUAGAAUUAUUCCUGGACUAUUCAGUAGCCACUCAGAUUCCGCUGUGUGAAAGGGCCAUAAUUACUGCCUGCCGCUUGAACAUCUAUUUUUUCUCUUCCAGUGCUUGAUAACUCUGGGAGAUAAUAUACUGCAGUUGUACUAGUGGUUAAGAUAUUUGGGAAUAAAAUUAAUAUUUUUGACUAGAAAUGUCCAAUGAUAAAUCAGCAGAAAUUGAAUCUGGGUACAUCUUUAAGAUGUAAUCAGAAAUGACCAGAUGACUCUAGUUAAAAUUUUUAAAGUAGGGAUUACAUUGAUAUUUCAAAAUCCUUACUCUGUAGAUAAGUGUAUUUUAAUUUUUUCCCCUUAUAUACUUUUUAUUUACCUGGGGAAGGAGCUUUGGGGGGGUGGGGGGUUGCUAUCUCUUUAGCUAGCAGAAUAGCGUGCCUUCGAUCCUCACACAUCCUAUGUUUGUGGACACAGUAGCCAUGUUUUAUGGGGAGGUCAGAGUUGGGUACCAGCAGUCUUGCCCUGUACUGGGCUUAGUGGCAUCCUUGGAGUCUGUCGUAUGCUGCUUCAAGUGAAUCAGAGAAACAGCCCUUUGCAGCAUGAGAAAGCCCCAGAAGCUCUGGGAUUUACCUCCACUUCAAUAAUACUGAAUGUUUUUCAGCAUUAGAAUGUGUUAUGUCAUUUGAAUUCAUUUUGAUUAUACUUUGGCUUUGGAGAGGAAUCGUUUCAAAUAGACACUGGUACAUUUUGAACUUGAUAGCUAAAGAUUCUAAAAUGCGUGUUUUAUACUGUUAAGUUUUAACCAGUCAGGAAAAUUUUAUGUAACCGGUGAUAGUUUAUUUUUUGUAUGAAUUUUGUUAAGGCUGCGAUGUUUAGCUUUUGUUAACUCCUUACUUUACUGUUUUAAGUUCAUUGCUAUGUUUAACGAUGUACUUGCCAAGAUAUUUAGCAUGUAAAAAGCAGGGUUUUGAUUUUUUUUUUUUUUUUAAACAGCUUCAUAUUGAAGCUGAGACUUACCAUAAACAAGUUGAGUGGCAGGCCUGGUAUGCUGUGUCUUGUUAUAUAAAGCUGUUACCAGAAUCUUAGUAAAUAUAAUGUUUUAAACGUUUGUUGUCUUUGUAUAUUAAUAACUGAUUAUGACAAGUUAAAUUUAAGUGAGAGUUACAUUAUUGCUCUUCCUAUGUCAUAUUUUACUAAGAUUUUGUGCCUCAUAUCUCCUGCUGAAUUGUUUACUAGGAAUGGUAAAAGGAAUUGAUAAAUCAUUUUUGUUUUACAGUUUUAUAUAAUCGAGUAACACGAAAUAUAAUUUCAUGUACAA